GAUUUUGAGGAAAUGAUACUUCCCCGACGCCUCGAAGAGUAUAGUUGUUAUUCUUGCUAUUCGAGUACUGUGUGUGAAAGUUGUUUUUUUUUCUCUCGUAUAUCUAACGGCAUGAUUUAUAACUCUUGUUGAUUUGCUUAUUACUGUCUCGAAAAGAUCAAGUUUAAAUAAUAUUUUUGUGUUAAUUACGUCAAUGAUUUUAUAAUAUGCUCCAAUUUUUAGCUCUGGUAAAACAAAACCCCCCAAAAAUGAGACGCAAAUCCGUCGUCCGCAAAAAUCCACGGCAUUCGAAUAGCUCCGCUACGCACUUCAUUCGAAUUGCUGUGAAUGCUGGGAAAAUCGCGAAUGUUGGACGGCGGUAAGGUCGAAAGGAAUGGGUUCCACCACUCUGCGCCAGGCAUGCGGGCGGAUCUGUCUCGGGUUUUCCUGCCUCGUUCUCCCGGACAUAGGGCAGUUUGUGUAGAAUUCUGCCUGCCUGUCACUCGACAUGGUUUUUCUGAGUCCCCGGAUCUGAAACUUUAGGCCUACUUCCCCGGAUCUGAAAGCCCGCCCGCUUAAUCAAUUAAUGUGUUGUCGGCAUUUGGAAGCAACGAAGGGAAAAAUAUCAGCCCACAAAGUGAAACAUCAAAACAACGUAGAUCUAUGCACAGUGGAAAGAGAGAGACCAAUGAGCGUACCCUCAUCAGACAGUCAAAAUGCACCAGUUUUUCACAACGUCACUGACCUUUCUGACCCUGUCUGCACUAGCCAGUGGUAGCCGACCGUACCUACCCCCAGAACUGGAGAACUCCGUUAAAAAAUUGAUCCAGACAGGGAUGAACAAACCCCGGAUUAUUGAAAGUCUUGCGCACAUUGCCAGAAGGAAGCUCAUGACUUUCAGCGGCGACGCUGGAGGGACGGACAGUAGGGUGAAUCAAACAGAAGGGGGUGGAAAUUUGAAUCAUGUCGGGAGUGAUACAGGAGGUGAUUAUUUUUAUUACCUCGACAACUCCGACUAUGAGUUACCACCAGACGAUAGAUCGUUUACGUGCAUGGUUGACAUACUGUCGUAUGAGGAAGGUUUAAGGUCGGGCCACACUUGGGCUUUGUCCAUGGUGGACGCAACGGGAAGUCCCGGACCAGGGCUGUUACGUCAUCAGUUCCACUGGCUCGGACAAUACAGUGAGUGCAAAGAGGUCAAAGCCACCAUCACCACCCAAAGCAACAGCUCGGAGAGUUCUGGUUCUGACCACCGUGACGUCAUGUUUACCGGUCGGUCCUGUCUGGUAAUCCACGUCCCUUCGGUGGACGGGGUACCCCGGGUGGGGGAAGGGCGAGAGAGUAUGUGGGAAGUGUGCAUGCCCAGCUCGUGUGACGGUCCAGCUCUCGUGGAUCUGUUCAACGAGGUUCUCGCCUCCUUCAACCUGUCCUCUUAUCUUACCGUGGUGUACAGUGUGUGUGGAAGUGACGGCGGAGAUGAUGGGCAGCUGAUGGAGGAGUCUAUCCCUCCCGUCGUAUUCGUCCUGGUACUUCCCAUUGUUGCUGUGAUUGUGGCGACUCUAAUGGAUUUCCUCCUCGAUCCCAGUGGAAAGUUACAGAAAAAACGUGUAGACACCGCUUCAAACAAAGUCUCUGGAACUCCCUCAAGCAGUGCAAAGGAAAAUCCUUCAAGCAGCAUUAAGGAACACCCUUCAAACAACGCAAAGGAAAAUCAUUCAAACAACUCAACUCAGGACAUAGCCGUCCUGCCACUCAGCUACAUGCGCAAAGGAGAACAGCUGUCAGUUAGUGAGGAAAAUAAAGACACUGACCAAGAAGUGCCUUCUAUGAAUACGAACAAAGUAGAUAUCGCAAAGGUAGGACCUUCUACGAAUAAGGACAAAAUAGAGUCUUCCACGAAUACGGGAAAAGUAGAUAUCGCCAGUGUCGUACAGUCUAAGAAUGCGGACAAAAUAGAUAUCGUCGAGGUAGAAGUUUCCAAUAGUGAGGGAAAAUCGUCAGACACUUUAGACGAAGAAGUUUCAGCUAGCAAGGACACGUCAGACAUAAAACAAGUAGGGCCCUCCGCGUCCGCGAAAUCAGACGAGGAGUCUGGAACAGCAGCCAUGAACGACUUGUCCUCUCCGAAGACGUCCAGUAAGCAGCAGACGACACUGAUGACGUCAGAGUCAGAACGCGGGACCUGUGAGACGGGGAUACGUGCCAGGCGCGACAAUUUGUUCCUGCGACUCCUGCUCUGUUGGUCUCUGAGACCCAAUGUCCGUUCCCUGCUGGCCACGACUCACUCCCAGGGCAGUCUGCAAUGUGUUCACGAUUGUAAACAAUUUCACGUUGAGCGUUGACUCCUUCUUCGUCCUGGGAGGCCUGCUGGUCGCCUUCAACUUACUGGAGGAACUUGAGAAAAGGGGAGGCAAGAAAAACUGGUUUUUCUUCGUCCUGCACAGAUAUCUCCGGAUUACCCCUCUUUACAUGGCUGCCUUGGUGAUGGACACUUUCGUGGCGCCCCAUCUGACAGACGGCCCUUUGCGGACAGCCAUAAACGAAAACGCCUGCAGGUUUACCUGGUGGGCUAACCUGUUCUACGUAAAUAACCUCGCGCCCAAUCUCAAUGGCUGUAUGGGCUGGUGCUGGUACCUCGCCACCGACAUGCAGUGUUACCUCCUCAGUCCUCUGAUCAUCGUCCCUCUGUUCCGGAGACCUGUUCUCGGCUACAUCAUCGCGGCGUUCUUCUUCGUGGCGACCUCCGUGAUCCCCUUCGUUCUCACCGUCGUCUACCGGUAUGGCACGGAUGUGACCUUUGUGGAGGGUCACACCGAACCUUUGAACAAGUUCCGAGAUAAUCUGUACUACUUCCCGGUCUUCUCCCGGAUGGGUCCUUACGUUGUCGGGAUCAUGCUGGGCUUCUUGCUGUUCAAGCAGAAGGGGAAGCAGCAGACGAUCCCACGAGUUGUCAACGCGUGUGGGUGGGCAGUGGCUACGGCUCUGGCUCUAGCGGUGCUUUACGGACAACACAGCUACGUCAAGCGAGGAUACAAAGAGGGCAUAAAUCUCUACCUGGCCGGGGCUUACAACGGCUUGGCUAGAUCCACAUGGGGAAUCUGUCUCGCUUGGCUCAUCUACAAUUGUCACCAUGGAUACGGGGGACCAGUGAACAAAUUCCUGUCCUGGCGGGCGUGGCUACCUCUGGGUCGCUUGUCCUUCUGUGUCUACGUGAUGCACGUUGUGGUGCUGAAGACAGACGCGGCCAGCGCCCAAAGCCUGCCGUUUGUGAGCACCUCGUAUUUCAUCAGUAUCUUCUCUACUAUGACCUUGGUGACCUUCCUCUUGUCUGCCGGCAUGUACGUCUGCUACGAGCUGCCCAUACCAAAUAUGGAGCGGGUACUUCUUCGGCGAUUCGCAAAGAAUGCUAAGACUUGAAAGAAGAGAACGUGGACUCUUCUUCCCUUCACCCAACCCCCCUUCCAAUCGCAUACUUACAUCACAUCCCUAUACUCCCACUCCUUUUCCCAUUAUCACUUCCUGAGCACACGUCUCUCCCUCCCCUACUAACCACAUCAGUGUUGUGACACACAUAGACCUCCCCAUUCAAGAAUCGUUUGUGGGCAAAGGUAAAGAGCCGGUCAAAUAGACCACAGACGUCAUUCGAAGGAUCUUGGUUUGUUGACGACAUAGAUCUCGUGGUUUGUUUUAAAACAAGCAAGUAAUCGAUAAGAGUAGGCUUCAGCCGCUACCCUGGCGACACUCAAAAUUUACUACAAACCGAAAAUGUUUGGUGUGUCUUACGCGCUCACAUGACCUUAUGCAGUUGCGAGCGUCGUAAAACACUUACACCCCAAAAAAACAACAACAAAACAACAACAACCAACAAAAAACAACAAAAAA